UGAACGUUAUCAGCGGCUGACCGAGACUGCUGCUGCUGCUGCUGCAUCCAACCCCUAAAGACGGACCCUCCAAGACACAGGCACAGGGUCCAUCCAACCUUCGACCUACAUCACACAAUCGAUCCCGAGCUCCUUUUGUCUCAUUUCUCAACGACAGGCGACACGCAGCUGUCCACACUCGCUCGCCAUCAUGGAUUUCAACGUCGACUUCAAGAGCUUCGGCAAGAAUCUCUCCGAUCUCGGAGCUCAGAUUACGCCUUUCGCAUCGCGUACCUUCCAGUACACCAAGGAGCAGUUGGGUCAAACCGACGAUAAGACCCAGCUGCCUCCCGACUACAUUGACCUCGAGAAGCGCGUCGAUGCCCUCAAGCAGGCUCACCAGAAGAUGCUCUCCGUGACCUCGACCUACUCGAACGAGACCUACGAUUACCCAGCCAACAUCAAGGAGACCUUCCAGGACCUGGGCCGCACCGUCAGCGAGAAGGUCCACCUGCUGUCAUCUGCGACCUCCCCUGGCGAGGCGCAGGCUGCCCUUGUCGCGCCCCCGAGCGCCAAGCCCCAGCCCAAGACCUUCAGCCAUGCCAUUGCCCGCGCCAGCUUGUCGAGCAGCCAGAUGCUGCACCAGAACCACACGGGUGCCGGCGAGGAUCCCCUGGCCACCGCGCUCGAGAAGUACGCUCUGGCCUCGGAGCGCGUUGGCGAGGCCCGCCUCGCGCAGGACUCGCAGAUCCAGAGCCGCUUCCUCGCGGGCUGGAACACCACCCUCAACACCAACUUGAACUUUGCGACCCGCGCUCGCAAGAAUGUGGAGAACUCGAGGCUGUCGCUGGAUGCUGUCAAGGCGCACGCCAAGGGCACCACCUUCAAGCUGGGGCAAGGCGCUCAGGGAGCCCAGCCCCACGAGGAGCAGGAGCUUAGCCCCGAGGCUCAGGAGGAGAUUGAGAAGGCCGAGGACGAGUUCGUCACUCAGACCGAGGAGGCCGUGGGCGUCAUGAAGAACGUCCUCGACUCCCCCGAGCCUCUUCGCAACCUCUCAGAGCUCAUCGCUGCCCAGAUCGAGUACCACAAGAAGGCUGCUGAGGUUCUCCAAGAGCUCGCUCCUGUCAUUGAGAGCUUGCAGACUGAGCAAGAAGUAGGACAUGCUGCUGCUUAUGCGCCUUGAGAAACCAGGAGCUGACUGUCACCCUAGGCCAGCUACCGCAAGAGCCGCGAGGAAGGUUCCUAAACGAGAAGAAAGCAAUGUUACCUAGGGGGAUUGCGCCGCGGCACUAAUUGGGUGGUGUCUGGUUUGCAGGCCAGCGCAAUGGUGCCGGGUCGAUUUGUUUGUCUUAAUGUAGGGUAUGUGCAGUGAGCCAAAGACCAAGAGACUCUGAAAGCCGCUUCUUUGGUGAAGUCUAGAAUCUAGAAUAUCUAUCAUCUCCAUCCGUACGUGUAAUCAACACGACCGGGUUCCUGUAUCACCAAUGUUCGCAUGGUUGAUGAAAGGUCCCCCAAAAGUGGAGUCACGUGACGCUGAAUGGGCCAAUCCCAGG